CACUUCCGGCUUGCAGGGGGUGGGAGUGUUGUUAGCCGGAGCGGCUGCCGCAGUCGCGGGGAUUGAGCGGGCUCGCGGCGCUGGGUUCCUGGUGAGUCAGGCCAGGCCAGGAUUGAGGUUGGGGUCCUCGCUGAGAUCUUCCCCUUGUGGUCACCGGGAUCGGCUUGACCCUUCGGUCCCGCCGCCUGCUUUCGGCUUGUCAGCUGGCGAUAGACCUCAGGCGCCGGCCUGGCCACUCUCCCAGAAGCUGGGCCCCGCCUGCGACGCUCCCAACGCCUGGCGCUCACAGGUCUCCAGGCCAGGGCAAUGUUCCGCACCGCAGUGAUGAUGGCGGCCAGCCUGGCGCUGACUGGGGCUGUGGUGGCUCACGCCUACUACCUCAAACACCAGUUCUACCCUACGGUGGUAUACCUGACCAAGUCCAGCCCCAGCAUGGCAGUCCUGUACAUCCAGGCCUUCGUCCUUGUCUUCCUCUUGGGCAAGGUGAUGGGCAAGGUGUUCUUUGGGCAGCUAAGGGCAGCGGAGAUGGAGCACCUUCUUGAGCGUUCCUGGUAUGCUGUCACGGAGACGUGUCUGGCCUUCACGGUUUUUCGGGAUGACUUCAGCCCCCGCUUUGUUGCGCUCUUCACGCUCCUUCUCUUCCUCAAGUGUUUCCAUUGGCUGGCCGAGGACCGCGUGGACUUUAUGGAACGAAGCCCUAAUAUCUCCUGGCUCUUUCACUGCCGCAUUGUCUCCCUCAUGUUCCUCCUGGGUAUCCUGGACUUCCUCUUCGUCAGCCACGCCUAUCACAGCAUCCUGACCCGUGGGGCCUCUGUGCAGCUGGUGUUUGGCUUUGAGUACGCCAUUCUGAUGACUAUGGUGCUCACCAUCUUCAUCAAGUAUGUGCUGCACUCUGUGGACCUCCAGAGCGAAAACCCCUGGGACAAUAAGGCCGUGUACAUGCUCUACACAGAGCUGUUCACAGGCUUCAUCAAGGUUCUGCUAUACAUGGCCUUCAUGACCAUUAUGAUCAAGGUACACACCUUCCCACUCUUUGCCAUCCGGCCCAUGUACCUGGCCAUGAGGCAGUUCAAGAAAGCUGUGACAGAUGCCAUCAUGUCACGACGAGCCAUCCGCAACAUGAACACACUGUAUCCAGAUGCCACCCCUGAGGAACUCCAGGCAAUGGACAAUGUCUGCAUCAUCUGCCGAGAAGAGAUGGUGACAGGUGCCAAGAGACUGCCCUGCAACCACAUCUUUCAUACCAGCUGCCUGCGCUCCUGGUUCCAGAGGCAGCAGACCUGCCCUACCUGCCGCAUGGAUGUCCUGCGGGCAUCGCUGCCAGCCCAGUCACCACCGCCCCCUGAGCCUGCAGAUCAAGGGCCACCUCCUGCCCCUCAUGCCCCACCACUCUUGCCCCAGCCCCCUAACUUCCCCCAGGGCCUCCUGCCUCCUUUUCCUCCAGGCAUGUUCCCCUUGUGGCCUCCCAUGGGCCCCUUCCCUCCUGUUCCACCUCCUCCAAGCUCAGGGGAGGCCGCAGCCCCGCCAUCCACCAGUGCAGCAGCCCUUUCUCGGCCGAGUGGAACAGGCACAACGACAGCUGCCAGCACCAGUGCCUCCGGCCCAGCGCCUGGCUCUGCUCCUGCCCCAGAGGCUGGUCCUGCCCCAGGCUUCCCCUUCCCUCCUCCCUGGAUGGGCAUGCCCCUGCCUCCACCCUUUGCAUUCCCCCCUAUGCCUGUGCCCCCUGCGGGCUUUGCUGGGCUGACCCCAGAAGAGCUUCGGGCUCUGGAAGGCCAUGAGCGGCAGCACCUGGAGGCCCGGCUGCAGAGCCUGCGCAACAUCCACACACUGCUGGACGCCGCCAUGCUGCAGAUCAACCAGUACCUCACUGUGCUAGCUUCCUUGGGGCCCCCCCGGCCUGCCACUUCAGUUAGCCCCACAGAAGAGACUGCUUCCACAGCGGUUGCUGCUGCCUCCACCAGCACCCCCAGCUCUGAGGCCACCACCCCAUCCCCAGAAGCCUCACCAGCCCAGGAAACUGAAAAGCCUCCAGCUCCUGAGUCUGUGGGUGCCGAGGAGCUGCCCGAGGAUGGAGAGCCGGAUGCUGCAGAGCUCCGCCGGCGCCGCCUGCAAAAGCUCGAGUCCCCUGUUGCCCACUGACACUGCCCCAGCCCUGUCCCGCUCUCCUGAGCAGCCCUUGCUGGAACACAUCCUGCCACCAAGUGCCAGCUCCCUCUGACCAGGGAGUCGUAACCCCAGCUCUGAGGAAGAGGAAGCGGCAUUCCUGAGGCCAGGUGGAGAGAAGGCUGUUUCCAGCUGGCCCCACUCCCAUGGGGAUGCCGAUCAGUUCCGACCAUCUCCUCACCUGUGCAGCACUCUGCUGUGCUAGGGCCCAGCCGGGACUGAAGGCAGAAGGUCCAGCCUCUGAGACCCUCUUCUUCCCCACCCUUUCUGGGGGAAGAGCAGCUCCUCUAAGCCCUACUGUAAGGGGUCACGCUGCAGUGCCGAACAGUAUUAGCUCCCGUUCCCAAGUGUGGAUCCCAAAGGGCUGGAGGCAGGCCAGGAACUUGCUGCUGGCCUUCCUGCCAAGACUGGUACCAAUUUCCUCUUUGCACCUCGAUCUUCCCC